AUGUCCGGCAACCAGGGUUACUCGUACAAGAGCUCCGGCACCAACAGCGAGGGCAACCACUACUUACUGUGCUCGCGACUACGGCAGCAUGAUGGAUCGUACUACUACUCCAACCCCAGUGGUAGCACCUACUACAACAACGGCCAGGGAGGCUCGACAUACACGUCGUCUUCGGGCGACAGAAGCUCCUCUGGCUACGGUGGCAGCAGCAGCAGUGGCAGCAGCAGCAGUGGCAGCAAGAAGUAG